AUGCCUGCUAGCUGGAGGCCUUCCAGGGGAGCCGGCCACGAUCUGGACGAAAUUCAGGCACUGGCCGGAGUUGAUAGAAUGACGAUUCCACCGGCGUUUCUCAAGCAGCUUGCUGAGGACACUGGCGUGUUGGAGAGGAUGUUGGAGCCGGAAGGCUCAGCAGCCAGAUGCGAGGACGAGGAGCUCUGCGGUGGACAGAUGUCGGAGGUUCAGUUCCGCUUGCUCUGCAACGAAGAUGCAUGUGCCACAGAGAAGACGGCCGAGGGCCUCAGAGCUUUCAUCUCCGACACCAACAAGCUUGAGGCCGCACUCCGGCAGAAGAUCCAAGCCCUGGCCUGA